AUAUGAAAUAGAGAAAAAGCAAAGAGUAAUUAGUCGCCGAACGCAACGUACGGGGCGAAUAUUUAUUGUUUGGACAAAGUGUUCCUGUGCACUGCAUAUUUUACGCUUGAAAUAAAUUAAUAGUUAAAUAUUUAGUGCAACUGAAUUAAAACACAGAAAUGGCCGAGGUGCGACGAAGAAAGCCAGAAAACGAGGAUGAAGAGGAUGCUGAGGCCAAAAGUGCAGCUGAGAAACGAAAUUCUGCAGCUGAUUCUUCAGAUCAUAUUGACUCGGAGGAGGAAAAAAUACCCGAGGAAAAGAUUGUCGAUGAGCUGUCCAAGAAUUUGCCACAAGGUACAGAUAAAACGCCAGAGAUAUUGGACUCGGCGCUAAAGGAUUUGCCUGACAGAUGGAAGAAUUGGGUCAUUCGCGGUAUAUUCACAUGGAUAAUGAUUUGUGGCUUUGGAUUGAUCAUCUAUGGCGGUCCAUUGGCUCUUAUGAUUACGACUCUGUUGGUGCAAGUGAAAUGCUUUCAGGAGAUUAUCUCUAUUGGCUAUCAAGUGUAUCGCAUACAUGGCCUGCCCUGGUUUCGCAGUCUCUCCUGGUACUUCCUACUGACCUCCAAUUAUUUCUUCUAUGGCGAGAAUCUGGUUGACUAUUUUGGUGUCGUCAUUAAUCGUGUGGAAUAUCUAAAGUUUUUGGUAACCUAUCAUCGUUUCCUAUCGUUUGCCCUGUACAUCGUUGGCUUCGUUUGGUUCGUACUUUCACUGGUGAAGAAAUACUACAUAAAGCAGUUCAGUCUAUUCGCUUGGACACACGUCUCACUGUUAAUUGUCGUCACACAGAGCUAUCUAAUUAUACAGAACAUAUUCGAGGGCCUUAUAUGGUUCAUUGUGCCCGUGUCUAUGAUUGUGUGCAAUGAUGUCAUGGCUUAUGUGUUUGGCUUCUUCUUUGGCCGCACACCACUCAUUAAAUUGAGCCCAAAGAAAACUUGGGAGGGCUUUAUUGGUGGUGGGUUUGCCACCGUUGUCUUUGGCAUCCUUUUUUCCGUCGUAUUGGGCAACUAUGAGUACUUCAUAUGCCCAAUACAAUAUUCCGAGGAGCUCGGACGCAUGACAAUGAGCUGUGUGCCUAGCUAUUUGUUUACGCCCCAGGAGUACAACUUGACAUUGUUUGGUAUUGGCAAGACUUUGAAUAUAAUUCCUUUCGUUUGGCAUUCGAUAUCAUUGAGUCUGUUCAGCUCUAUAAUUGGACCGUUUGGCGGAUUCUUUGCAUCUGGAUUCAAGCGUGCAUUUAAGAUAAAGGACUUUGGUGACAUGAUACCUGGCCAUGGUGGCAUAAUGGAUCGUUUCGAUUGCCAAUUUUUAAUGGCCACUUUUGUUAAUGUUUACAUCUCAAGCUUCAUUAGAACUCCAUCGCCUGCAAAGCUCUUGACGCAGAUUUAUAAUCUUAAACCAGAUCAACAAUACCAAAUCUAUCAGUCAUUAAAGGACUCAUUUGGCGAUGUUAUAAACUAAACAAUGUCCGCCAUUUAUGAAACUAAAACCAACAAAUGUUUUCUUUAGUCGUAUUCUAUAAAAUGAAAAUUUGUACUUGCGUACACACACACCUGCAUAUGCAUACGAGAGCGUAUUCGCAUUAUAUUCGUUAACUUUAUGUUAAAAUCUAUAUACGACCUACUAUAUAGUUUUAAUUGAGCAUAAUUUUUGUUAUGUUUUUAGUUUUAAUUUAGAUCCGUUGUUAUACUUUGUACAAUUUUAGUUUAUUAUUAUUAUUGUAGCAUUUUAUUUCGAUUAUUGCAUUAAUUAUAAUGCGAACGGUUCUAUAGUGCAAUCCGUUUCACCGGUGAUUUGUUGUUAAGCGAUUCCAUUAAUUUUACUGAACAUGCGAUUUCGAGAUUGACUACCAAAUUUGAUUAAAACAAUAUCGAACAGGGCAGAUCCUUUUGCCUAUGAAAAAAAAGAAACAACAAACAAACAAACAAACAAAAAUCAAUGAAUUUAUUUGUGUGUUGUUAGUAAAUUUACGUAUUCUAGUAAUAGAGAGCUAUGUACUCGGGCAUGAGAGGCAAGAAACCGAAAUGUUUUAGUAAUUAGGAAAAUGCGCAUUUUUUUGUUUUGUUUUUGGAGUAUACGACUUAAAGACUUUUUAGAUUUUCUGUUAUUCAAUUAAAUAAUUUAUUAGUGCAAUAUUCAACGUAAA